GCAGCAGCAGCUUCUGUAGCAGCAGCAAGUGCGGUGCGGUCGACCUGAGAGGAGCGGAGAGGAGCGGGCUCUGUUCCGCCGUCGUGAGGAAACACGGAUGAAGGGACGGGGAUAACUAUCACAUAUUCCUCCAUUUUAUUAUUGUUACAUACCAGAGAGCACACUCCUCCUCCCUCCCCCCCCGCCGGGAUAGCGCCGUCGCUGUGGGUCUUUCAUUCAGAGGGCUUGCCUGUUUUUCCUCCGGGAGGCUGAAUGGAAGCAGCAGCCGAGGGAGCGGUCGGGCUGUCGGAGGCCAGGGACGGGAGCCCGCUAUCUGGGGCCGCAGCAUCCGAUGAUGCGGACACGGUCGUUGGAGUUAGCUACGGGAUGGACGCCGCAGACAUGGAUGCUGCUGCUAAGAAAGCCUUCAUCACAGAGAUGCCCUCAUCCUCAGGCCAGCCUGGUCAGGGAAAGAAGAUUGGUCACAGAGGGGUGGAUGCGUCAGGAGAAACUACUUAUAAGAAGACGACAUCCUCAGCCUUGAAAGGUGCCAUCCAGCUGGGCAUCGGCUACACAGUGGGCAACUUGAGCUCCAAGCCCGAGAGAGACGUGUUGAUGCAGGAUUUCUACGUGGUGGAGAGCAUCUUUUUCCCCAGUGAAGGCAGCAACCUCACUCCAGCCCACCAUUUCCCAGACUUCCGCUUCAAAACAUACGCUCCUGUGGCCUUCCGCUACUUCAGAGAACUGUUUGGUAUCAGGCCGGAUGACUACCUGUAUUCCCUUUGUAAUGAGCCCCUGAUUGAGCUGUCCAAUCCUGGAGCAAGUGGUUCAGUCUUCUAUGUUACAAAGGAUGACGAGUUCAUCAUCAAGACUGUGAUGCACAAGGAGGCUGAGUUCUUACAGAAACUGCUGCCUGGAUACUACAUGAACUUGAAUCAGAACCCUCGCACUUUGCUGCCCAAGUUUUUUGGCCUCUACUGUGUCCAGUCAGGCGGGAAAAACAUCCGCGUGGUGGUGAUGAACAACGUCCUUCCACGCGUAGUUCGCAUGCACCUCAAGUAUGACCUGAAGGGCUCCACCUACAAGAGGCGAGCGUCCAAGAAGGAGAGGGAGAAGGCCAGGCCCACUUUCAAAGACCUGGACUUCAUGCAAGACUUGCAGGAUGGACUGAUGCUGGACCAGGACACUUACAACGCGUUAGUCAAGACCCUACAGAGAGACUGCCUGGUGUUGGAAAGCUUUAAGAUUAUGGACUACAGCCUGCUGCUCGGGGUUCACAACAUGGACCAGGCAGAGAGGGAGAGGCAGAUGGAGGGCUCCCAGGGCGGCAGCGAUGAGAAGAGGCCCGUGGCCCAGCAGAAGGCCCUGUACUCCACAGCCAUGGAGUCCAUCCAGGGAGGAGCAGCCUGCGGAGGGUCCAUCGACACUGAUGACACGAUGGGCGGUAUCCCAGCUGUCAAUGGAAAGGGAGAGAGACUUCUUCUCUACAUUGGAAUCAUCGACAUCCUGCAGUCCUACAGGCUAAUCAAGAAACUGGAGCACACGUGGAAGGCUUUGGUUCAUGAUGGGGACACUGUAUCAGUCCACCGGCCUGGCUUCUAUGCCGAUAGGUUCUUCAAGUUCAUGAGCAGCACGGUUUUCAAGAAGAGUUCCUCUCUGAAGUCAUCUCCAUCCAAGAAGGGUCGUGUAUCGUUGAUGGUGCCUAAGUGCGCUGGUCCUGGCGCAGCCUGGUCAGCCAGCCAGCUGCCCUCUGAGAGGGACGAGAACAUCUAUGACCUGAGAGGAGCUCGCAGCUUCCCAACACUGGAGGAUGAGGGGCGACCAGAUCUUCUUCCAUGUACUCCUCCAUCAUUUGAAGAAGCCACCACAGCAUCAAUCGCCACAACUCUGUCUUCUACUACUUCUCUGUCUAUCCCUGAGAGAUCCCCAUCUGACACAGCAGAGCACCCCCGCUACAGGAGGCACACCCAGUCUCUCAGCCACGACGGGAGAACCCAGGAGGAGCUGCGUGUGCGUGAGGAGGAUCAGCAGACCAUCACAGUGGAGGUGGAGUUGAAGAGACAUGACAGUGAACCCACCAUCUCUGUUCCCCAGCCUUCACCUGAAACCAGGGAGGUUCAGGAAGUAGCUGGUGCCGAGGCUCCUGAUGCCGCUGCCGCAGCACCCUCCAGCUGUUCGUCAAUACCUGAAGCAGCCGCAUCCUCUGCUGCCCAAGUUGCUCCCUCCUCUCCCGGGGCAGCCGAGGAAGCCCCAUCCAGUCCCAAGUUGGUGAUGGUGGAGGCGGACAGGGCCAGUCAGGUGUCAGGUUCAGGCUGCACCAGCCAGGCUUCAGUUGAUGACGACGAUGACGUGCCAAUCACAGAUAUCUACUUUCCUCCAGAGGACAGGACCUGGGUGUACUCUCCGCUACACUAUGGCUCAGAGUCUAAGGCCCUGCCAGAUGGGGAUUGGGAAAGAGAGACAUAAACCGUGUUCUCCGGCAGAGAGGAGCGAACGUCUCAGUGGAGAGGACUCAUCAGUCUGAAGUCCAGACCUCAGCAGUAGCAGCAGGAUCUCUGUCUGAACCAGGAUUUUAAACACGCAUACAGAAACUGAACACACCGAGGGAGAAAGUGACUGAAUACCAGAGGAGGAAAAAAAAAUCCUGACAGUGAUGACAUCACUGAUCUCCUACCAUCCCUGCCUUUCACCCUUAACAAAUGGAAACUAUAUCAAUUUAAUGAAUAUGUGUAUGUGACAUAGUGCGUAUAAGGCUGUAGUCUCAUAUGUUUGACAUACAUGACAGACAAUAGUACCUGUUCUUUUUCACACAAGCACAGCCCUCCAACAGGCUCUAAACUGGCUUUUCCACUCACUCUGCAGAGCAGCACAUAGAGUUGUGAAGUGAAAGGGAAGCUGCUGGCUACUGUAAACUCACAGUUUUCACAUUUUUCACUAGUUGAGCCUCUGGUGCCUCACAAAAAAGAUGACAGAGCUGUAUCAAAUUCAAAACACUAUGUCAUUGCAGUUGAAGAAAACAUAUAGUUGCUCAAUUUUACCCAGAAUUGAUCCAAAAUCUGAAAAUUAAUUUAUUUAACCUGUAGAUUGUGUUGUCAGCUUUGUUGACCCCAUAAUCUUUAGCUUCUCGCUGCCAUUAGCAGCACAUGUAAGGUCAUUUUUAGCCCAGUCAUACUUAACCUCUGAUUUUACCGUUUCUAUGUACACUAACUUGUACCUUUGACUUUUUAUCAAAGAAUAUGAUAUCUGAUAUUUUCUAACACAGUUGUUCAUAUUUUGUACUGAUGAUUCAGCCAGGACAGUUUCAUGUCCAUCCCAGCCGUGGAAGAGCUCCAACUGUGAGUCACUUUAACUUCUGGAGCCAGGACUUCCUGAGGUAGCUCCUCCCACUUCGCAACUCUACUGAAACUUGCAUGUCCUGGUUUCAACCAAUCAGGAAAAAGCCCACCAACCAUCCUUAGUACUGGCUUUACACACAGUACACCACAUGCAGAUUUCAGUGCACUCACAGAGGAGUGAGUGGUCAGGCCUGUGGUGUUGGAGGGCUGUGCUUGUGCUCAUAGAACUGGAGUUAUGUGAUAACCAUUGUUUGACCAAUCAAUAUGUCAGCCUCACAUUUCCAGUAGUGAAAAUAUGCAGUUAAGUUUAUCUAGGAAAGAAUUAAAAGUCAUCAUUUCAUUUAGUGAAUAUAUACAGUGAUUAGAAGUUGUUGACUUCAUAGCAUAAUAAUUUAUAUCAGAUGGGUUUUUUUGCAACUUUUUUAAAUUUCUGAACAUUUCUUCAGCUGUUUUACUCCUGUGAACUUUAAUUUAUUUUGUCUGUUUGUAGUUUAUUCUAAUCUUUACUGUUACUGGUACUUUUAACUUUUUUUUAAUUUACAUCCAAAGAACUUUCAUUUUUGUUUUGAUGAUUUCAUCACUGCAGCUUGUUAGUAGUUUCCCAGUUUGAUUUUACUUCACAUUUGUUGUGUAAAUUCAGUGUUACUACUUUUUUCACUACAGCUCUUGUGGAAACUGCUGAGGCUUAUGGCUACUGCCUUCAAAAGAGAAGACAUUCAUUACAACACUAAGGCAGCAGACAUUGUCAGUCACUAAUCUUCACAUCAUUACAGUGUCUUCCAGUGUUGCCCUAUUUUUGGACAGACGCACACAAAUCAUUUGCAACAGUAAAAUUUCACAUUUUCUCUUUUUUUUCUAGGUGGAAGAAUAAUCAGCAUAUCAGUGACAUUUGCUAUAUCUGGUCGCCCUCACCCCCUCACAAUAAGAAAUCCAUUGACUGAACAUUUCAAAUGUUUGUAGAUGUAGAGCAUCAGCUAUAGUAUUUGCAGUCAGUAUCGUACCUGUUAUCUGUAUGUUUGAAUGACCACAGUGCGUUGCAGUGAUGACUUGGUGCGACACAGCAGUUUGUAAAUGGGUUGAAUGUUGUUUGCACAUAUAAAGAGGACCUGAAGAUGAACUAGUGAUAGAGGCCAAAUAAACAUGACAUCACGUUAUCAUACCUUUUCAGUUGUUAGGAGUUUUCUGCUCACACAGGCAGAUAUUUAGACAGCACUUAUUUUAGGGUUAUCAAGUGUGUGUGUUGGUGAAGUCAAUCACAGUCAUUGUAGGGUUAGUGUUUACUGUAGUCUCUCUGUGGCAGACAUCUUAGGACUCUCGACUAAGACUUAAGUUAAAGUUCAACAAACUGAUUUGUUUUUUUAAAUCUAACUUCAGAAACAGUUUCUUCAGUUGGUUGGUAUGUUUCUUUGUGUGUUUGUGUGUAAGGGAGGACACAUCAAUGUCAGACAUUGUAAAAUAGAAAUCUGUUCAUUUUCAUGAUGUGCAGUGGCCAGUUGUAAUCAGUUUGCUGUUGUUCAUCAGAUGGAGACCAUAGCAGCAAUAUUUUGUACAGUCUAGCUCUUGAGUUCAUUUUAAUUGCCUUAUUGGGAAAUUUACAUGUAGGCCUAUCGUUUAUAUUUUUUUCACUUGUGCUGUUGUAUUUAUUUUCUUUCUCAUAGUUGUGCUCCUGAGAAUGUGUACAUAAAAUUAUAAAUACAUAUAUAAAGAUAUACAAAUAUAUUUUCCAUUUGAAUCGGAGAAUAUUAUUUUUAUUUGGUUUUAUUUUUGCUGCUGGGCAAGAAAUUAUUGCAAUCUACAUAAUUUACUGUAUCAUAUUCUUCAGUGUGUUUAUUGAGAUGCAGCUGCUGUAUAUUUAUGGUCUAUAAACCACAGCUGUUUCUUUGUAAGAUAUCAAAAAUGGAAAGAUUUGUGGGUUUUACUGUACAUGCAAAUCAAUAGGGAUUCUUCCAACUGUUCAGCUGUGUUGUGUAUGUGUUUUCAAAUCGCGGUGUGCCCUCAUCCAAUAGGGAGAGUCCUUUACAAAGACAUAGCAUGAUUUCAAAAUGAAUAUGCAUAUCAGAAAUGUGUAUUUAUGUAUAUCUGUGUAUAUUCAUCUAUUUAUACGUGAGGAUAAAUAGAUGGCUGUAUGUGUGUGUUUGGACUCAAUCAGAAUGAAUACAAAAUAAAGCAGUUCUAUGAAUUGUUGUCCAUGGA